GAGAGCUGGGCCUGAGAAGUGAGGCCUCCAGGAGGUGAUCACUUGCGACUUACGACAACCCUACGGUGGAUCUCUCUCGGUGUUUCCUUGGCAAGAAAGCCUCUGUGUCAGAUGCUUGAAGGCCCUAUGGCUGUGUAUGAUGAAGAUCUCUUGAAGAACCCCUUCUAUUUAACUAUGCAGAAGCGGCGUCCAGAUCUCUGCAGGAAAGUUGCAGAAUUGCAUGGAAUUAUACUAGUACCAUGCAAAGGAAGUCUUUCAAGCAGCUUCAUCUCAACUUGCCAGUUUGACUCUUAUGUUCUCAGAUCAGUGGAGGAAAACUUUCAAACCUUGAAUGGAAAGGAGAUCUUCAUACAAGGAAACUUAAUUAUACUUGGGGCUGGCUUUAAUCAUCAUUACUCAAUACCCGUACUCUUUGAGGAAACUUUCUACAAUGAGAAGGAAGAGAGUUUUAGCAUCCUCUGUAUAGCUCAUUCUUUGGAAAAAAAGGAGAACAAAGAACAAUCUUCAACGGCAUCAAAUUCUUACUCGCUGAAAAACAUCGAAGACGUGAGAGAGUUCUUGGGAAAGCACACUGAAAAAUUUGAUAAAGCUAUUGCAUCUUUCCACAGGACUUUCAAGGAGCAUGACAGGAAAAUCCUUCGGCAUUACAUAGAUUCUGUGAAUGCACUCUACACCAAAUGCAUUCAGCAGUUAUUGAGGGACUCCCAUCUUAGAAUGCUUGCAAAGCAGGAAUCGCAAAUGAAUUUGAUGAAGCAAGCUGUGGAUAUCUAUAUUCACCAUGCUCUUUAUGAUCUGAUCUUUAAAUAUGUGGGGACUAUUGAGGCAAGUGAGGACGCAGCAUUCAACAAAAUUACACGAAGUCUGCAAGACCUGCAGCAGAAAGACCUGGGUAUCAAGCCUGAAUUCAGCUUCAACAUACCACGUGCAAAACGUGAACUGAGCCAGCUGAAUAAGUGCACCUCUCCACAACAGAAGCUCCUCUGCCUCCGUAAAGUGGUUCAAAUUAUAAUGCAGUCUCCAAGUCAAAGAGUGAACAUCGAGACCAUGUGUGCAGAUGACCUCCUUUCAGUCUUGCUCUACCUCCUUGUGAAGACAGAGAUUCCAAACUGGAUGGCGAAUCUGAGUUACAUCAAAAACUUCAGGUUUUGCAGCUCAGCAAAGGAUGAGCUAGGAUACUGUUUGACCUCAGUUGAGGCUGCAAUAGAAUACAUCCGUCAAGGAAACCUCUCUGACAGGCCAACGGAGACUGCAGGAUUUAGUGAGAAGCUGUUCUUAAAACAAAGAAUGAACUUGCUGUCUCAGAUGUCUGUUACCCCAAUAGACUGCUUGUUUCAGCACAUUGCUUCAGGCAACCAGGAAGAAGUAGAACACUUAUUAAGCCAGGGAGACAACGAUAAGGAUACUGUUCAAAAAAUGUGCCAUCCACUCUGCUUUUGUGAUACAUGCGAGAAACUAGUUUCUGGGAAACUGAAUGAUCCUUCCAUUGUUACCCCAUUUUGUAGAGAUGACCGAGGAUACACUCCACUUCAUGUAGCCGCAAUAUGUGGGCAAGCCUCGCUAAUAGAUUUGUUAGUCUCCAAAGGAGCCGUUGUCAAUGCCACGGAUUACCAUGGGUCAACACCACUUCACUUGGCCUGUCAGAAAGGAUAUCAGAAUGUUACUCUCCUCUUGCUGCAUUAUAAGGCAAAGAAUGAAGUACAAGACAAUAAUGGCAACACAGCACUGCACUUAGCUUGCACUUAUGGACACGAGGAUUGUGUCAAGGCUUUAGUGUAUUAUGACAUCCAUUCUUGUAAAUUAGACAUUGGAAAUGAAAAAGGAGACACCCCUCUACAUAUAGCUGCCCGCUGGGGUUACCAAGGGAUCAUAGAAGUGCUGCUGCAAAAUGGAGCCAACCCAGAUAUUCAAAACCGGAUGAAAGAGACUCCAUCACAAUGUGCAUUAAAUUCUACGAUUUUAUCUUUAAUGGAGCUGAAAUAUCUCACAUUUGAAAGAGGGAAGAGUGUUUCUCAGCCCCUAGCUAGAUCUUCUCAGUGUGGUGAAGACACCAUCAGCCAAGUAUCAUCUGUCACCAGUUUAUCUUCUCCAAUAGCGUCAGCAGCAACAGCAGUGAGACAAGAAGAAACAAAAGCUAUUUAUAAAGAGGUAGACAAACUUUUAAGAGCAGUUGCUGAUGGAGACUUGGAAAUGGUACGUUAUCUUUUGGAAUGGGUGGAAGAUGAUCUUGAAGACACUGAAGAAGCUGGCAGUGCAGAGAAACUGGAGUUUUGUCAUCCUUUGUGUCAGUGUUCCAAAUGUGGUCUUGCACAAAAGAAAUUCUUCAGAGUACCCAGUAAUGGCUUUGGCGUAAAUGUUACUAACCAAGAAGGUCAGACUCCACUCCAUAUAGCUGCACUCCAUGGACAUGAUGACUUGGUCACACUCUUGCUGAAACUUGGGGCUGAUGUUGGGGCAAAAGAUGCUAACCACACAGUGCCUCUUCACCUAGCCUGCCAGAAUGGUCACUUGGAGGUAGUAAAGUGUCUGAUAGAGAACAAUGCUAAACAAAAUAAAAAGGACAUUCAUGGAAAUACGCCCUUGAUGUACGCUUGCUUGAACAACUAUCGGGAGAUAGUGGCUUUUUUGUUACAGCAUGGGGCCUUGGUUAACCUUUCCAAUAAUGAAGGCAAUACAUCCCUCCAUAAAGCUGUGAUUGGGAGUUAUGAAGCCUUGGUGCAGCUGCUGUUGCAAUAUGGAGCAUCAACGCACAUUAGGAACAACAGACAAUGCACACCUCUUGACUAUGCUGAGCCUAAUUCAGCUAUUCUCAAGCUGCUACAUGCCACACCAAUCUCAUCAGAAGGAAGAGAGACCAAUUACAAAGCUCACAUGUCUGGAAAGAUCAGGAGAAAAAUCAGCUUUAAGUCUCCUGAGAUAGCCGAUGAUCUUGUCACCCGGCGUCUUCAACUUGUCCAGUCAAUCAAUCGAUUUAACAAAUCAAAAGACCUGCGGAAGACUAUAACGAGAGAUAAAAGCGUACCUAACUUUGACGAUGAAUUGCUUCACCAGUUAGCUAUUAAGAGCUUUGAUAAGAGCAAACUGAAGCCUGUGGAUCCUCUGGAGCAAAGUCAAACUCACAGCCUUGAUGCCAGCAACAGCAGCAAACCCACCAGGGAAGAUGACAACCCUGAAGAAGCAGCAACACCCAUUAGAAGUAAACUAAUGCAUCGAAGACACACUGUUAAUGUGGCCCUUUCAGCUACAGACGUCAGUGGCAUCUAUGAUCUAUCCAGAUCCAGAGAUGAAAGUGUUUCUUCACUAGAAGGCUGCUCUGAUUGAUGUUUUCAGAAACCACAGACAAGAAAACUUGUUCGGAGGGGAAACAGCAGCUUCGUACUCUUUCCACUCAGCACUGAAUUAUUAAAAGAUGCUUAAGAUCAAGGCUUUCAAAACUGGUUCAGGAGGAUCAGGAGUCUCCAAUCCAAAUGGAGUUUGCACUUUUGGAGAAUUAAAUCCUUUUACUUGCAGAUAAAUUCACACAAUCCAAGAAGUUAAUCUAUAUCAACAAACCUGAUCAGGAGAUAUGGUUAAAUAUGUAGACAUUUCUGUAUUCUUGCACCCGCCAAAUCAGUUUCAGCAGUAACGUAUGAUAUGUCGAAAACCCACAGAAUUUCUAUGGACUUAAAUCUUAUAGUUUGAAAAAGCAGUGAUUACAAGUUUUGUGCUGCUAAUUCUCAGAAGGAUUUGGGGCACUCCAGAAUUGGGAGAUGUAUAUAAACCCUGAUGCAAGAUUGCACAGUCAGUUUUAUUUCCAUUGGCUUUAUUGCAGUGUUGGAGGUUACAAUAACUGCUUGAUGCAUUUUGUCUUAGACCUGGAGCCUAAUUUAACAGAAUUUUCUGCAAAGAAGCAGAUUUCAUAUAUAUAUAUAUAUAUAUAUACUAAGAAAGCUUAAAUUUUGUUAUGUUGCCAAUGCUAAGAUUCUGAAAUUCAAGGCUAUAGCCUGCUACCGUUCAAGAUAAAAUAGCAAAUAUUCAUGCACAAGAAAACAGUGCUACUAAAUUCACUGAGUCUAGUAAAAGGAGUACUUCUGUAUCAUCUGGAAUGUAUUAAACAUUUUAUUCUCCCCCCUCCCUUAGAGAACCUCCUAAAUGAGCCCGUUGUGCACUUUUAGAAAUGGGGUAUCAAAUUUAGGAAUUUUAUUCUUAAUUUUCCACUUCUAAAAAGGGGUAGAAUUGUAACUUGAAGAGCACAGUUAACUUUGGUCAAUUUACAUUGAUUUUUAUGUAAUAUUUGUAUACAAAACUUUGGUUUUUUAUUGUUAAUCUAUUUUGGAUGGUCUGUCAAGAUUUCUCUGCACAGAAUAACGUACUGUACAAAAAGUAGAGCUCCAGUGUGUUCCUGAAGGAGGAUAAGUAUAUUUUUCUACUAAGUACUUGAGUUCAUCUAAUUUUCUUAUGUGCCUUGGGCCUGUGCCAAAUGAUGGAAGGAAUAACAUUAAUAAAUCUAUGCUCUUA